CGCGCGCUGUGCAUGCGCGCGCGCCCCGCCCAUCGCUGCGGGGAUCUGGCCCGAUGGUGCCGCCGCUCGCGCUGCGCGCGCGGCCCGCAGAAUGGAGGAGCCUGCCGCCGCUGAGCGCCCCCCCCGCGGCGGAGGGCGACUGCCGGCGCUGGCGCCAUGCGUGGCGCCACCACCGACGCCCGGCGCCUCGCCGCCGACCUCGCGGCGCAACUGCCGCCGGGGCUGCCUUUCGCCCUGGUGAACCUGUGCAUUCCGUUCACCCUGGUGUGCGCCUUGUCCUCUUUCUAUAUGGGCCCCGUGGCGCUGACCCUGGUGGUGCUGCUCGUGCUGGCCCAGGGCGCCGUGGCCUCGGAGGUGCUGGGGCGCCACAAGGCUGUGCCCUGGCUGCUCCUCUUCUGGGUCAGCUCCGUCAUCGGCGCUCUGUACGUGGGAUCGCGUAACUACCACCUGGUCUACGCCCCUUACAAGCUUGCAUCGAAGGGCCGCGACAAAAUCGUACCCGCCAACGCCUCCGCGAGCGGCCUCCGCGACGGAAGGACGACGCUGACCUUCGACGCGAGCUUCUUGUUGGACGGGGAGCGCAGUGUCGGCGUCAGGGCCUUCGGCGCCACGUACUGCGCCGCGCCCGUGGUGAGCGUGACCACCGCGAGCGCGCUGAACGAUUAUCCCAAGGUUCAGAUAUGGGCCGUUGGCCAGGGGCCCCCCCGCGACCGGGAGAGCACUGCCCCGCUGCUGCUGGGCCGCCGGACGCCCUCGCCGCACGGCGUGGCGCCGCGCAGUCCUGCCGCGGCUCUCUGCAUGGGGCCGCCGGCGCAGGAGGCGGAGACGCCCUCGCACGCGCGCUCGCGCUCGCCGCGGUCCUCCCGGUGCACGGGCCGCCUGGCCCUCCGGUCCACCGACUGGGAGAUCCGCACCAUCCCGCUGCUGCUGCUCGGUGCCGUGCACAUGCUCUGCGUAGUCGUUUGCCACGCCGUGCACUCUGCUCGCGGCCGCAUUCACCAUGUUUCCUUCGCCUGGUUGCGGCGCGUGCUGGGCCGAGUGGACCUCAUCCAGCCGCUGCCAGGCAUCGGCGACGCCAAGGCCUCCGCCCGCUGCUCUCGGCACCUUCGCAGCGCCCAGCGCCUUUCCCGUCCGCUGGAGGUCGCCCUGUCCGGUGCGUCUGCGGCCGCCCCGUGCGCCGAGAUGCCGCUGCGCAGGAGGCCGGCCCGGCCGGCCAGGGCCGCGGAGCGCGGCACCCGAGCUCCCGGAGGUCCUAUCACGACGCUGAUGCUCCGCAACCUGCCGCAGAAGUACACCCCCGACGUGCUCCUGAAGGAGGUCAAGGAGGUGCUGGGCUCGAAGGUCAGCUUCAACUUCCUGCACCUCCCCUGGGACGCACCCGGCCGCUGCAACGCUGGCUUCGCCUUCAUCAACUGCUGCGACGUCGAGGGGGUCCAGGCGUGCCGCACGCUGUUCGAGGACUACCUCUUCCGCCGCGGGACGCGGAACAAGGCCUGCAAGGUGUUCGUGGCCCACAUCCAGGGGCUGGAGAACAACCUGAUCCACCUGAUGGGGACCGCUGUCGCCGCGUCGAGCACGCACGACCCGGUGAUCUUCUGGCAGGGCCAGAGGCUUCGACUCAAGCAGGCGCCGGCGGGCGCCGUGCCCGCGCCGCGCAGCGCGCCUCCGCGGGCGCCGCCGUCUGCCGAGCUCCCCGCGCGCCCCGCGUGGCCCUGGCUGCCGCCCAAGCCGGCGUCCGGGCGACCCGGUGCAAUGGCCAGUGUCAGGGGCGUCAACGUCGCCGUCGACUGGAAGGGGUGGUUCCAGGCAGAUCUCGAGCAGCAUUUUGAGCUUCGUCGAACUGCCUGCAGCGACGCCGACUACGGCCACAUGCAAUCAACUCUGCAGGCGGACCACGACGGCACCCACCAUUUCCUGACCACGAGGAGGGGCGAAGGUAGCCCGGACGACGAGUUCACCCGCGUGUUGGCGGCGGCGUCGCUCGCCAGGCGUGUCCGGGACAUCAUGCGGGCGAAGGGCAUCCGGGUGCCAGGGGCUCCGACUUCUGAGGGCAUGGGCGGCGCCGCGUCGCCAGCGCAAUUGUUCGUCGGCGACGGCCAGGACUCCAGCGUGAGGGCCUUGCGUCCAGAGGUUCAGCCGACCUCCCUUGCCGUCUCCACCGACUGGCCAGCGGUCUCCCAGAGUUGGCCGUGUCCGGGCCCCGGGCACUCAGCCGCUGGGCACGGAUGUGGGGAUGAGGCGCCGCGGUGGGAGUGGCAGUCCCCCGUGUCCCACGCAGCCCUGGGAGCGCGGCGACUGGAUCUGGGAGUUCCCGCCAUGGAGCGGGGGCCGCUGGCGCACCCAGGGACGACGAGGGUCCUCGAGUCGGACAGGGACCUCGUCGCGGACGCGCACAGGAAGUUCUUCCAGAAGUUCGGUUCCGGCGAGGCCGUUGGGCCUGUCGCCCGGGGGCCAUGCGGCGGCGGCGGCGGCGCCUCAGCCUCUUUUGGGGCGCAGGAGGCCAACCCCGCCAGCUACUUCGUCGUGACUCUGUGA